GUACGCAACAGCCUGGGCACCCUGGAUGCAAAAGCAGUGCCAAAGAAAGAGCUUAUAUUGUACCCUGGUGUACUCCAUAAGAUCAUGCAAAUAACUGAAAUGCAAGCCUGUAAGUAGAGCGGAGAGCAUCUGAUCGUGAGUCCAAACUGCAACAUUUAGUACUUGUCCUUGUUGAAAAACAGCAGACCAACAGAUAAAUAAAACUAACAGUAGGCUGUAGACUUGCUGAAAAGUAAAUGCACCCGGUUCAGAACCUAGAACCUGCUGGUCUCCUUCCCGCGUGUUGACCUGCGUAUGGCAAGCGCACGAGCUCGAACUGGUGCUAUCAGCAAGACAGACAUGGAGGCCAGCCGUCUGGUAUUUGUCUUUGUAAAGGACGCCCGUCCAAAGCGGAAGGUCGCUGUCCCUGUUCCGGACGGCUACACGUGGCAGGACUUCAUCCAACAGGUUAAAAGCAAAUUGAGGAUUUCUGGUGUCAGCGAGGUUUUCCUAGCCUCGAGCGGCCAGAAGGUGACGAGCCUCGAUGAGCUGCAAGACAUUGAUGAACUGUGUGUUGUGGAGGGACCCGAGCCGCAUGCAGCCAACGGCCCCAUGCCGCUGCCCAGUGAGGCUGCGUUGCGCUCAGGGAUGGCCCCCUCGACAUCGGAGAUCCGCCCGCAGUCGUCGCUCCCGUCGGAGCCUCGGGCGCAGUUGCUGGUGGACAGCAGCAGACACAAGGUGGGUGUGGCGGACGGCGCCGGUUCCAGCGGCCCCCUCCUGGAUGACAAGAAGUACGCCAAGCGGCCGGCGGCAUGGAAGCGCACGUUGCAGCGCGUCAUCCCCUCGCUCUUCCAGCCGGGGUUACCCAUCACCAACAAAGAUGUGGCGGCGUCGGAAGACCGGUCCUCUGUACCCGGGGCUCGGCGGCAGCGGCGCCGGCGCUCUGGGCUGAGCAUCCGAGAGGUGCUGCUGCUGCUGGCCGUCUGCUGCUGCUUGGCGACACUGAUCUGGUUCAUGAGGACAAAUAUCAAGCUUUCGUAAGGGGAUCAUUGAGGCAUAGAUUGGGACUAUGUGGACAUGGGGUGAGGGAAUGCAGACGGGUGAGGGUCGCAAGUUGGGGUGCCGCUGGCUCGGGAGGGUAACAGCGUGAACGGCUGGGCCAGCGAAGGGGGUGCUAUGGGGUGGACCGAUACGUGAUUAAAGGGGGUGGGGGCGAUGCUUACCAAGCAUGUAGCUUUGGAGAGGAGGGGGCUUACCGUUUGGAGGGUCAGAUGUCUAUUAUUUAGGCGAUGUUCAGGUGUCAUUGUGCAUUAGAAUGCAUAGUGUGGCCCAUGAGAGGGCGGGUACGCACUGGGGAAGCUCCAGAUGGGAUUUGCUACUAAAGUAGCAGGGCCAACCUAAGUAUUGGCAACAUAGUGUUAACUCAUACACACACCCUGCAUCAAGGCAUCCAGGAAUGACCGAGUUAGCCGUGCGGAUGCUAAGGAUUUGAGCAAGAUUGCCGGAUGGAGGGUAUCUUGGGAGGGAUGUCGAUGCCGUUGGCUUGCUGCCUGGCGAUGCUGGUACAAAGCUGCGCUUGGAGUGUACCCCAAGCCGGGUCGUCUUUUGUGUCUCAGUGCUGAAGACUAUAUGAAUAAUACAUAGCUUAAUGUAUCCUGUGCUGGUGGUGUCCGGAGGGUAGCUUGAAUGCGCAGGACAGGAAGCCGGCUGUAGCAGCGAAUCUGGCGUCCCAUGGUUUGGCUACCACAUGGUUUGAGGGUGGGCUGUAUAGUCAGAUUGGGAAAGAGUGGAGGGCCUUCCUCAUACCCCACUGCUAAGCGCAUGCGGUGCGUUAUUUGGUGAUAUCAGUUUAAGCAAGACUGCAGCGGUCGGGUCUAAAGCCUCGCCUCACCCUGCAGUGUCACCUAAUAACACGCUGAUCACCGUAGUGCGUAGUCAUACGUCCGCGAUGUGGUAACUUCACAGCACCACAUCCUACGCCCGCAUUAAGUAACGCAGGUAUCCAAACAAUGCACAGUCAAUCACAAACCUCAAGUAGGGUCGCGCGAUAGAAGGCCAAGAACGUAAAUGCUCCAUGCAUGCAAUCCGCCCAUUCCAUAUCAAACCUAUCAUAUCAA